CGCCUCUCAUGUCAGUUUUAGAAGAACCACGAAUAGAAUUCCACGGUGAAUUAUAUUGCAAACAGCUGUCUGCCUUAAAACUUUUUUUCAAUGUUUUAACGCAACCACAGUAGAGAAAUUAAGACAGAAAAUAACAAUUGUAAAUGUGCAAUCUUUCUUUUAUCAAAGAAUAUUACAUUUAAUUUGAAGGAUAUUGCCUGGUUUGCGAGGAAAAAAUCAAAAUGGUAUCUUUAAAAGUUUUGUUCGUAUUAGCUGUCAAAUGAACACAUGUAACCUAAAACGUGUGAAUUUAAAGAAAUUUAAAGAAAACUGUAGAAAUGGAUGUUGUUACUACAAGCUUAGAAGCCCUGAUACAAAGGGUAACAAAUCCACAAAAUCAAAACCCUGAUAUAGCUGCAACUGAAGCGUUCUGUGUGAUGCUUAUCAAAGAAUCAGAAGGUAUUCAAAUCGGCACUAAAUUAUUAGCAUUACGUAUUCAAUCAUCUAAUGAGACUGAAGCACUUCAAGCUCUUGCUUUACUGGAUACAUGUAUGAGAAGAUGUGGACCAUCUUUUCAUGCAGAAGUGGGUAAAUUUCGUUUUCUAAAUGAAAUGAUUCGCCUAGUUUCACCAAAGUAUUUAGGUGAUAAAACACCAGCCAUGGUGCGCCAAAAAGUAUUACAGUUGUUACAUACAUGGACAAGAGAAUAUCCAAAGGAAUUAAAGAUUAAAGAAGCUUAUGAAAUGUUGAGGAAACAGGGUAUAGAGGAUAAUUCCAUGCCUCCAAAUAAUACUCAAGAUGAGGGAUUGAAAACAUUGAAAGCUAAAAGUACAAUAUUUGAUGAUGAAGAGAAAUCCAAGUUAUUGCAAAAAUUAUUACGAAGCAAAAAUCCUGAUGACUUGCAAGCUGCAAAUAGAUUAAUUAAAACUAUGGUGAGAGAGGAUGAAAGAAGAGUACAAUUAAACUCGCGUAGGAUAAUGGAACUGGAAUCUGUUCAUAACAAUGCAAAGUUAUUGUCAGAAAUGUUAGAUUCAUAUAAUUGUAAUGAAACUAGUACAGAAGAUCUUGAAUUAAUGAAAGAGUUAUAUCAAGCUUGUGAACGACUAAAACCCACUGUGCUUAGAUUAGCGAACGAAACUCAAGAUAAUGUAGGAAUGCUUGGUGAUGUACUUGCUGCAAGUGAUGAAUUGGAACAAGUUUUUGAGAAGUAUACUGCUGUUACAGUCCAUGGUAAAAGUGUAAAGCCUAAACUGGACUCAAAGCCUAAAACAGACUCCGACAAUAGUCCGUAUUUAUUAGACUUAUCUUCUCCAACGGAGAACAUUUUUCUUGAAAGUGAUGGUGUAAAUGCAAGUUACAAUGCAAUGACGACAAAUCAUCAGUCAGAUAUGGAAGUUUUAGGAGAUAUCUUCAAUUCAAUAGGAAAGUCCGAAAAGUCCAAAAUUUCUUCAGUUUCUGAUGCUAAUCUCUUAAUGACUGAUUCAGUUAUGCAGCCACUCAAUGUUUUAGCUAAAAAUAAAAAAGAUGAAUUAAUCAACACAUCUGAAAAGAAAAUUGACAGUAAAGCAAAAGCACUGGAGGAAUUGAACGAAUUGGGAGAGACUUUGCUUAAACAAAGUUUAUCAGGCAUAGUAUCGAAUCCAAGUUUGAAGUCAGGAAGUAAACAAAGUAUAAAUCGUCCACCAAAUAUCAAACCUUUAGCAGAAUAUUACGUUUCAACAACCUUCCCUCGUAGUGGCAGUUCUUCACACUUUUCUAAUCUGUUGGAAACAAGUGUAAAAAACGACAAAGUGUCUGAUAUUUGUUUUAAGUCAAACGAUAAUGUUCCAUCUCUUGAUGAUACAAAUUCUCAAAAUAUUAUCGAAUGUAAUGUAAAUGAGAAUGCAGACGCAAACCGAUCAAGCACAUGGGAUGCCACUUCAAUAACAUCAUCAACGGAAAAUUCAGUUAUUCCGGAACUUGAGAUUAAAUCAUUGACGGACAUUAAUAUCAGCCUUCAAGAUAUUAAACCAGGCAUUAAUCCACCUAUGACAGUAAUCGAAGAAAAAAACGGAAUAACCGUUGUACUUCAUUUUGCUCGGGAUAAUCCAAGAGAAGAUGUAUUUGUUGUGGUAAUUACGACAAUGAGUAAGAAUUCGAAACCACUUACCGAUUAUCUGUUUCAAGCAGUGGUGCCAAAAAAAUGUAAAUGUAGACUUCAGCCACCUUCUGGAGCAGGACUGCCUGCUCACAAUCCGUUCUUACCACCAUCAGCAAUUACUCAAAUUAUGCUAAUUGCAAAUCCUACAAAGGAACCAGUAUCAUUAAAGUUUAUGUUAAGUUAUACAAUGGAUGAUGAAACUUUUACAGAAAUGGGUGAAGUAGAAAAAUUGCCUUUAAUUUAAAGUACUUAAACUAUAAUUAUGAAGGGUAAACUCAAAGAAUGAAGAUUCCAAUUGUAAAAUGGAAAAUAUAUAUAUUAUUUUCCUAAAUUGGAAUCUUAAAAAAAUUAUUUUUUUUUCGUUUUAUUUCUCAGAUUGUAAUUAUAGUUUAUCUUCGUUAUCAUACUUAUUAUCAUAUUCAAAGAUAAAAUUAAUGUUAUGUAGAUACUUAAAAGUCAUGUUGUGAUUUAUGUAUACGCUUGAGAAUGUGCAAAUUUAUUUUAAGAUCUCAGAUGGAAAUGGUCAUAAUUUCUGUAAGAUCGUACAUAAUAAAAUCGAAAUAAUAAUUGAAAAAUAACGGGGGAAAAAGGCACAAAUAAAAAAAACAACAAAGCACGAAUAACAUAAUUUAAUGUAAAUUACAAGCUAAAACGAUAUUUCUUACUAUUCAAAAAUAUUGUGUUCAUGAAAACACAAUAUUUUAUUCAAAAAUUUAAACAAAUGUACAAUUCGUUUAAGAAGUAGGAAGUACUUCGUCACGAAAUGCAAGAGCAGUAACUGCUUUUUGAUGACCCUGAUAUUCUCGUUCUACUGCUCCUGUUGAUACAUUCCAUAAUCUUGCAACACCAUCGGAUGAAGCUAAAUUAAAGAAAAUGUUGAAAUUAAACCCACGAAAUAUGAUAAUAAAAA